AUGCGCCUGCCACGCUUCCUAAGCGUGAUUCUCCUAGGGUUGGAAGCGGCACUCGCCGAGUCCACCCAAAAAUGGAGCAUUCAGGAUUUCAAAACCUUGGUCACCUUUGGUGAUAGCUAUACGGACGAUACGCGAAUCAGCUACUUCAUCAACCAUAAUGGGUCCGCGCCGCCAGUGGGAUGGGUCGAGCCCAUUACAAACGAAUCCGCCUCCGGCGGCUACAUCUGGGGUCACUUCGUGCACCAAUACGCCCACCUAUCCCACCGGUACAACUACGCCGUCAGUGGCGCCUCCUGCUCGAACAAAAUAACCCCCCGAGCGACCUCCUUCGGACUUUACCCCUCUGUCCUGGAAUACGAAGUCCCAGCCUUCACAGCCGACAACGCCUACCACAUUCCUAGCACUGGAGAGAAAUUCCUCCAAAACGAUCCAGACAGCACAAUCUACUCCAUCUGGAUUGGGACGAACGAUCUGGGGAACUACGCGUUCCUGACUGAUUCGCAGGUCGCGAACAACACGAUUCCGGAUUACAUUGACUGUGUGUUCAAUGCCCUCGAUGGCGUGUACAAAGCCGCGAAGGGAAAGUACUUUGUUAUUAUGAACAUGGUGCCGUUGCAGUUAGCACCGCUGUAUGCGACGCCGGAGAAUGGGGGCAUCGGGGCGAAUAAUUACUGGCCUGAUAAGUCGGGGAAUUUCACCGAGAUUAGUUAUCGCAUGUGGGAGCAGGUGAGUACCGUUAAUCAGGUUUAUGAUUAUCGGACGCCAUUUGAGUGGGUUGUUGGGAAGAGGUAUCCUGGGGCGAAGGUGGCGGUUAUGGAUAUGUAUUCGUUGAUCUCGGAUAUAUAUUAUCAUCCGCAGCAGUAUCUUAAUGGAUCUGCGCCGGCGAAUGUUACGGGUUAUAUCCAUCAUUGUAAUGUGGCGGGAUCGGAGUGUGAGACGCUGUCGAGUCCGGAUUCGUUUCUGUGGUAUGAUCAGUUGCAUCCGUCGCAGAGGACGGAUGAGAUUAUUGCGGAGGAGUUUAUCAAGGUAGUGAAGGGGGGAAGUGAGUAUGCGACAUAUUGGUCGUAG